CUUGGGGGGGGGGGGGGGGGGGUUUGAAUCGAGUACGACUACCAACUGGUGGUGCUUUGGAGCUCGUCCACUGGUGGCCAUGGCGCUUGGCCUCUUCGCCGCCGCCGUGCUGGCCGCGGUGGCGUCGCUCGCGGCCCACGUGGGGCUCAACUGCCCAAUCGAGCCGGUGCCGUCGCCCCCGCCGCCGCCCACGCCGCCUCCCAACAACCUCCUCCAGAGGCUGGAGAAGCUUGGGGAAGGGGCGCUGGACGCGCCGGAGGACGUGCACGUGGACGCGGCGGCGGGCGGCGCGCUGUACACGGCCACGAGGGACGGGUGGCUGCACAAGAUGCACCCCGGCAACUCGUCCUGGGAGCGGUGGCGCUUCGUCGGCGGCACCGGCCUGCUCGGGGUCACGCCAUCCGCCGACGGCACCAUGCUCGUCUGCGACGCUGACAAGGGACUUUUGAGAGUUGGGGAGGAAGGAGUGACCCUUCUUGCUUCGGAGGUCGAUGGCUCCCCGAUCAGGUUCGCGGACGCGGCGAUCGAGGCCUCCGACGGCGCGGUCUACUUCAGCGACGCCAGCACCCGGUUCGGCUUCGACAGGUGGUUCCACGACUUCUUCGAGUCCCGCGCCACCGGCCGCCUCCUCCGCUACGACCCGCGCACGGGCCACACCUCCGUCGUGCUCGACCGCCUCGGCUUCGCCAACGGCGUCGCCCUGCCGAGGGACGAGGCCUUCGUCGUCGUCUGCGAGUCCAGCAGGUUCAGAUGCAUGAAGGUGUGGCUGAAAGGGGAGAAGGCUGGCCAGGCCGAGACGUUCAUCGACAACCUCCCGGGGUGUCCAGACAACAUCCGCCUCGGAUCAGACGGCUACUUCUGGAUCGCCCUCCUCCCGUCGAGGUCGCCAUGGCUGGACCUGAUCACCCGCUGGAGCUUGGCGAAGAGACUCGUCGCCACGUUCCCGGCGCUCCUCGAGUGGAGCAAGUCAACGAUGAAGGGAGCCAUGGUGGCCCAGGUGUCGGAGGACGGCGACAUCAUCCGGGUGCUCGACGACUCUCAAGGGAAGGUGAUCAACUUCGUCACCUCGGUGAACGAGUUCAACGGGGACAUCUUCCUCGGAAGCCUCGCGACCAACUUCAUAGGGAAGUUGUCCCUGGCACAGGUGACAACACAGGAGCAGGGCACAGUUUCUUCAUAGAAAAUUUCAGUGUUACCAACAUCGGUUCAAACCAGAAUAAGCCAGGGAACAUUUCACUCUUUAGCAUUGCUGUACAGUGAUCGGCCACCAGCUAAGAUUUCACGAGCUGUAAAAGAUUCAGCAAGACUAGUGGACGAGCAGAUGGUUCUGUUCAGCCUUCAGCUCUGCUUGACAGGGUUGGUUUGGUAGCUUUCAGGUGCUCGUCGAUUUCAGCCAAUGUCAGUCGUCUGAAAAUUGGAUCAUCCUUCCUGACAACCCCCACCUGGAACAGUCGUUAGUAGUUAGUUACUAGUUUA